UCUGUGAUGCUGAGAUGAAAGCAUCCCAAACCAUGACACUUCCACCUCCGUGCUGCUUGGUUUAUCCCAUGCAUGUCCUGUGUUCUGGUGCCCAAAUAAUUAAGAAUCAUGUUUUUGGAGACUAGAGUUUCGCUACCAGAUUUCUGAAGGUGAACUUGUGUAACCAGUGGCACCUGUUGGCUCCACCCUCAGAUUAAAGAUGGUGCAUAUAAAGGUGUUGGUGCAGAAACCUGGCAGAGCUCUGAUUGGGCUGUUGGAGUGUGUGUGGCCUCACAGGAUUUAAGGUUUUUCUACAUCAUUCAGCUGAUGACAGCGUGACGUCGUCUCAGGACAGUUUCUACUAAACUGAUAGGAAGAAACUCAUCAAGAGCAACUUUUCUCUCAGUUUGCUCCGUCCUGCUGGAUCGGCAGCGGCGCUCUGAAGCUCCGCCCCUCCGGAUCCGGGACAGAUGGGUCCUCUGGUGGCCGUCCCCGUCCUGGCCGGCCUGAACGGCGUCCUGGGCAUCUGGGCCGUGUUUGGAGUGGCCUGGUUGAGUGGGACGGUGGAUCUGACAGAGGAUUUUCCGUACAUCAGUACGUGUGGAGACAAACCUCCUGCUAGCUGCUGGUUCUCUCAGGUCUGCAACAUCGGCUGCGUCCUCGCUCUGACAUUCGAGACUCUGCGGUUCCGACAUCUGAAGGAUUGUCCAAAGUGCUCCAGCCGUCUCAACAUCGCCAGCUUCAGUUUGGGAAUCAUCUCCUCCGUGGGAUUAUCCGUCACCGGAAACUUCCAGGUCUCUUCUAUCAAAUCGGUUCAUUACAUCGGUGCGUUUCUGGGGUUUGCUGGUGGCCUGGCCUACCUCUGGAUCCAGCUGUUCCUCAUCAGCAACCGGAUCCUGAAAUCUUCCGGAUUCGCUCUCUGCUCCGUCUGCAGCGUUCUGCUCUGCUGCCUGGUGGGCUUCCAUCACUCACAUCGUUACCACGCUGCCGCCAUCUGUGAGUGGACGCUGGCCACGCUGUUCUUCCUGCUCUACCCGCUGUUUGUGUUUGAGUUUGCAGACAUUAAAUGCAAACUCACCAUAAAGUCCUCGGGUUGUGGACCCCACGGGUCCGCCGGGCCUCAGUACAAACCAGGAGACUCAGAGUCAGCAACGCCGCUCUGACGACCCGUCUCUCUGUUACCAUGGAAACAUCCCUGCGUGGAGGAUCUGGUCUCUGUGGGUCAAAGGCUGCAUUCACACUGCAGCCUGAAGUGACCCAAUUCCAGUUUUAGCUGAAGCUCACCUUCAUCCUGUGUUUGUUGGUUCCUGAUGAAAUCAUUGAAAAACUUCCUGGUGGCCAUUUCUGUCUGACAACAGAUGAAAAAUAACCUUUUGGCUAACGCUGGCACAUUUACAAAAAUAUGAAUUAAUGCUCUGUCCCUACCAAUAAAAUUAAAUUCAAUCUUC